AUGAGCCCGGCCGCUAUUUCCAACGGCGACAGCGCCACCGAGUCCAAGCCCGUCAUCAGCGUGACGAAGCCCAACAUCGGCGUGUACACGAACCCGGCCCACGACCUCUGGAUAAGCCAGGCCGAGCCGUCCGUCGAGAGCGCCCAGACCGGCGCCGAUCUAAAGGAGGGAGAGGUCACCGUCGCCAUUAGGAGCACGGGCAUUUGCGGAUCCGAUGUCCACUUUUGGCACGCCGGCUGCAUCGGCCCCAUGAUCGUCGAGGGCGACCACAUCCUCGGCCACGAGUCCGCCGGCGAAAUCAUCGCCGUGCACCCCUCCCCCUGCCUGACCGGCCGCUACAACGGCUGCGAAAAGGUCCUCUUCCUGUCUACCCCGCCCGUGCCGGGCCUCCUGCGCCGCUACGUCAACCACCCGGCCACAUGGUGCUACAAGAUUGGCAACAUGUCGUACGAGGCCGGCGCUAUGCUCGAGCCUCUCAGCGUGGCCCUCGCCGCGAUCCAGAGGGCCGGCGUCAGGCUCGGUGACCCCGUUCUCAUCUGCGGCGCCGGUCCCAUCGGCCUCAUCACGCUCUUGUGCUGCCGCGCCGCCGGUGCCUGCCCCAUCGUUGACGUCUCCCUCAACGCCGAGGAGUCCGCGCAGAGGAUCGUCCAGGCUUUUGGCGGCAUCGAGCCGGCCGUGGCUAUGGAGUGCACCGGCGUCGAGAGCAGCAUCGCGACCGCGGUGUGGGCGGCCAAGUUUGGCGGCAAGGUCUUCAUCAUUGGUGUUGGUAAGAACGAGAUCAAGUUCCCUUUUAUGCGUGCCUCCACUCGUGAAGUCGAUGUUCAACUCCAGUACCGCUACUGCAACACUUGGCCACGUGCCAUCCGGCUCGUCGAGAGCGGCAUCAUCGACCUAUCCAAGCUCGUCACCCAUAGGUUUAGCCUUGACGACGCCCUCGAGGCCUUCAAGGUUGCCGCUGACCCCAAGACGGGUGCGAUCAAGGUUCAGAUCCAGAGCUUGGAAUAA